AUGGGCUGCGGAGGCAGCAGGGCGGACGCGAUCGAGCCCCGCUACUACGAGAGCUGGACGAGGGAGACCGAAUCCACCUGGCUGACCAACACGGACUCCGAGGGCCCGCCGCAGGAGGGCGGCAGCGGCGAGGCCGGCGGCCGGGAGCAGGGCGCCCCGCGGCACGGUCUUCUGGAGGAUGGGAAGUCAGCCCAGACAGGUGUAGCUACAGCAUCAGCCACAGCUGGAGCUCUGAACAUUGAGAAGAAGAGCAACUGUGGCCCUCAGUGUGCAAACCCUGUGGUCCAUGGCACAGGAGCUAUGACACAGAGGCAGAACGGCUUCAGGACGGCCGAGAGCAAAUGGGACACCCAGAAGAUGUCCACGAAAGAAGUCACCAUUAAUGUCACAAAAAGCAUCAGACAAAGUGACAGGAGGAAAACCAAGAAUUGUGUCAAUUAA